CCACUCCGCUGCUUGUUUUCCGCUCGCGGCGGCAGAAACCCGGAGGCGAUACAGAAACACUGUGCGCUUAAUGAACACAGGAAACACUUAUCUUUUCUCCAUUCAGAACAUAAUUAUUUCAUCUUUUUGGUCAACAGGCGGAAAUACGAGCAGAAUUUUUUCCUUCCGAUUGCUGCUAUUCUUUCUCUGUCUCUCUUUCGCUGUCAUUCAGAAAUCGUACCACUGAAGCCACAUUUUAAGCGCUCAUGUGUGUGCGCUUGUUCUUUUUAUAACUCUAAACUUUUUCUACAGUGGCUUCACUGGGUCAUUCCGCCUUUUAAUUAAUUCAUCAAAACUAUCGAGACGCGGUUGUCCUGGCUAAAUCGACAGAAGAGUUACUGAAUGUGUUGAUCUGUUCCUGAUGAGAUCGAUUGGACCAAUUGGGACCAGCACAGUAUGUUGAAAUAAAAAAAGUGGAUAACAAACUGAGGAAUAUCUUUCAUCCCUGCUGAAUAUCAAAGUUGAAGAGUGAGGACAUCCAUCGUGGUCUGUCAGCCAUAAUGAAUCUUCUAUGGACCUGUCUGUUUCUUCUGGAGUCUGUCUGGACAGCCACUGCUGUGCGAGGUCCGCCCCGCGUGUCGGAGCACGUGGCCCACCGUCAGGCCAUCCGCCUGGGCCGCACCGUCAAGCUGACCUGCCCCGUGGAGGGGGACCCCCCGGCGCUCAUCAUGUGGACCAAGGACGGCCGCAACAUCCACAGCGGCUGGUCGCGCUUCAGGGUGCUGCCACUCGCGCUCCGCAUCAAGGCCGUGGAGACGGAGGACGCCGGCACCUACGUCUGCAAGGCCGCCAACGGCUUCGGCAGCGUCAACAUCAACUACACCCUCAUCGUGAUCGAUGACUCCAGUGCAGUGAGAGAUGCAACAGUGGUGGACCCAGUAGAACACCCCACGGAAGCUUCUGGAAAACAAGUGCGUCCCCGCUUCACCCAGCCGGCCAAGAUGAGGAAGCGUGUGAUCGCGCGGCCCGUGGGCAGCUCCGUGCGCCUCAAGUGCACGGCGAGUGGCCAGCCCCGCCCGGACAUCGUCUGGCUGAAGGACAACCGCCCCCUGGAGGCGGAGGAAGGCGCGGCGGCCGAGGCGGCGGAGGAGCGUGGAGCGGAGGAAGCAGGAGGAGAAGGAGAAGGAGAGGGAGGGAGGAAGAAGUGGACCCUGAGCCUGAGGAACCUGAGCCCAGAGCACAGCGGGAAGUACACCUGCCACGUGUCCAACCCCGCCGGGGAGAUCCACGCCACCUACAAGCUGGAGGUCAUCCAACGUACCAACUCCAAGCCCGUCCUGACCGGUACCCACCCGGUCAACACCACUGUGGACUACGGGGGGACCACGUCCUUCCAGUGUAAGGUCCGCAGCGACGUGAAGCCUGUCAUCCAGUGGCUGAAGAGGGUGGAGCCAGGCGACGAGAACAAAUAUAACUCCACCAUCGAGGUUGGAGACCACCGCUUCGUAGUGCUGCCCACGGGGGAGGUGUGGUCGCGGCCCGACGGCUCCUACCUCAACAAGCUGCUCAUCAGCCGGGCCAAGGAGGAGGACGCGGGCAUGUACAUCUGUCUGGGGGCCAACACCAUGGGCUACAGCUUCAGGAGCGCCUACCUCACCGUGCUGCCAGAUUUGAAGCCAAACGUCGCCCCCGUUCCCAUGGCAACCGCCCCCAGCCUCCCCUGGCCGGUGAUAAUAGGCAUCCCAGCAGGCGUGGUCUUCAUACUGGGCACCGCCCUUCUCUGGUUCUGCCAAUCAAAACGCACGUGCUCCACCUCCACUUCCUCGUCUUCCUCCACCCUGCCGUCCGUCCAGCGGCCCACGAUGGCGGCCAAUCGGGAGCGAGCCGGCCCCGCGGCUCACAGCGCGCCGGCCAAUGGGGACAAAGAUUGCCUGUCUUACGAGGACUACGUGGCCCAUCAGCAGCAGCAGCAGCUGCUCCUGGCCCAGGGAGGCCCGGGACUGGCACCCAAGGUGUACCCCAAGCUGUACACGGACAUACACACGCACACGCACUCGCACGUGGACGGCAAAGUGCACCAGCACCAGCACAUCCACUACCAGUGUUAGCACUAGGGGGCGCCGGCGGGGCCCAGAGACAUCCAUGUCUUCACUCGGUCUGUGUUUGGGGACUCGGCGAGAGACACGGUCGGCACAGACACAGACGCAGUUAUCCGCUGCAGUCGAUCAUGACUCAGAGGACCGGGACACGGGAAGGAACGCGACGGACUGUGAGGAGAUUUGUGGACAAAACCCGGAGAAGGGAACUUGUUUAAAGAAGUGUUUUUGUUUCCGAGUUUUUUUUUUUAUCUCUUUUACAACCGGGAGCGUUUGCAUAUUGAGAGCUGGACAUAAAAACAAAAUUGAGGACUGCAGUGGAUCAGAAACAUAA